CAAAAAUUUAUAUAUUUUCUGUGAAUAUACAAUUUAAAUAUAUCACAUAUUUAGUACUCUUUUAAAAUACGAAUUAUAAAACACGUUACAUACAUUACUUCGUUCAUCUUUAUUCGAAAUGUCUGACAUUCUGGAUGAAUGUAAUCAUUCUGUCGAUAUCUCACAGCAUGUCGCGCAACAACAAAAUGCGGUGCAAUCGUGCUGUGCAAUGGAUCAUGAAAAUGGUUGCGGAGAUAUCGAAAAACCUCCGCUUUAUUUACCUCAGCCCGAGGAUGAAUAUCCAUCAAAGCCGGAACGCACAAUGGGACCUCUUGGUCCAUGGGCUACGGGCAGAAUAACCUGUUCUUGCAAGGGUGGAAUAACAGGUUUAAGACCAGUUGCAGAUCGAUAUUCCGUCACUCGCUAUGGACCGAGUGAAUGGCGCGCGCACAAUUUGAGUGUCUUUCAACAAUCAAAUGAGAAAAUCUGCGAUGCUCAAGUUACAGCUACCGGUGCAAAACAAUGUGUGGAACAAGCAUACACGGCAGCCGAUAAAGUGCAAUCGGAAACAACGGAACAUUUAAAAACACGGGCCAACGUGGUAUAUCAUUGGAAAGCGGAAUUAGAAGAGGCGAUUGCUGCUAUUGCAGAAGAGAUUGAAUUAUUAGAGACCGAACGUCGUCGUGUGCAGCGAUCUUUGUCAGUAUUACUCAUUCCUAUGUCGAUCGCAAGCGAAUUUCUACAAUUACGCACCUCUCGUUUGGAUUCGGAUCUCGUUCGUGACAAUGUUGAGAAACAACUUACGAAGGAAAUAGCGCUUUGUUCAGAAAUACGAGAUUUGCUAAACAAAACUUAUGAAGAAAUCGAAAUGCAGAUGGUUGAACUGAAGGCCGCGAAAGCUCGAUUAGAGAAUGAUUGGUCUGAUAAAAUUCAUACUUACAAUAUAGAUUCCGUAUGUGUAAAUUUAUCUAAUGAUUCUCCGCUCCUAUUGUGGAAAGCAGGAGCUACAAGAGUCCCAACAGAUCAGUCUUCUCCUACAAGUUACGAACACUUUACACGAGAAGCACUAGCUGCCAGCGAGACUACCAAAUUGAGAUCAAUAAAAUUAAGGUCCACUUUAAACGAUAUAUACGCUAAGUCCAUUAAAGAUUUACACAACCAAGCGACUCGCGUUGACAUUGCACUUGCUGAAAACAUAAAGCUCACACAAGAUUGCCUUCAACAACUAGAAAAGGAAUUACUUGGCUGUUUGCAUCAAUUAGCAAAUACAGAAAAAUUGAUUGAAGAACUUCGAGAUUCAACAAGAGGAUUAAAUAAUGCCAUGAAAUUAGCACAGACGCGAUUAGACAACAGAUUGGAUCGACGUAAUGUUGAAAGUUGUCGAGAUAUACCUCAAUUUGCUCUUAUUGAAGAAGUGAAAUCACUUGGAGAACAUACCACUGCUGUGUUGGCAGAAUUAAAACAUACUGAAGAAUCUCAAGCAGAAUUAGUCAAAGCAAGAGGUGUCCUUGAACAUGAAAUAAUGGUAAAACGAAAGACUUUUUAUAUAGAUAAGGAACGAGGUCUACUAUUGCGUUCAUUCUUCCCUUCUACUACAGAGUUAUCCGGAUUUUAAUAAACUUGAUAUAAAUAAGAAGAGAAAUUAUUUAACAUUAAAUAUAUCGAUCAAUUCUGUUUCAUUAAUUUAUUUAAUUUUUAUUAUAUAUCUCUCUGAAAUAAGAAAUAUUAAUGUUAUAUCAAUUAAAUUUAUAUGGACUAAAUCUAUACAUCUAUACAUUUCAUAUAAUAUAUAUUUUCUUUCCAAAA